AUCUUUCUUCGAACAACACAAGCUCGACAAAGAUGGUACGUAUUCAAGACGAGAAGAGAUGACAAUCGCGGGCAUUGCAGGAGGAGGCGCUGUGCCGUCGGGAAGAUGAGUGAUGCAAGCAGCCGCGGGUAGCAGGGUUGCUUGAGAUUAGGGAAGGACAUCGAGGACGUUGCAGUCGAUGCCGUCUUCGUGGGCCUUUGUGGCCGUCCUGGGGUCGAAAGAAGGGCUAUGGAAGUAGCUCGGGCUGCCUUCGAUGCCUUGAGCUGGUGGUUAUCACCCCAUGGCCGCUCUGGACGGCCGCGGCGAGGAGCAUGACAGCUCAUUUCGUCCGGGGGAAGGGUAGUCUGCCGAAGGAUCGUGCUUGCACGCUAGAGAUACUCUGGGUUCUGCCCGGCCUUUCAGCACGUCUGCUCUGGGCAUCGCAGAGCAUCUCAGCUCACGAUGUCGCUGGCUUGGUCAACCUACAAAGGCGAACAGGACGUCGUGCCCUUUCCCCUGCUCUCCCCACUCAUCUCGAUUCCCACUUGCUGACUCACUUCAUCUUCCCUCGCACAGACUCUUGCCGUCGACCUCCUCAACCCUUCUACUGAGCAGCAAGCUCAAUGCCACAAGCUUAAGCGAUUGGUACAGAGCCCCAACUCGUACUUCAUGGACGUCAAGUGCCCCGGCUGCUUCGCCAUCACCACGGUCUUUUCGCACGCUCACAGCGUCGUCAUGUGCGGGUCGUGCUCGCAGGUCCUCGCCCAGCCCACGGGUGGUAAGGCCAGGCUGACUGAGGGAUGCUCCUUCCGUCGCAAGGUGAGCUAAUGGCGAAACCCGGCGGCGCGGCGGCGCGGGGUGAUAGUGCAAGGAGAGUAGUGGACAGGAGGCUGACCAGGCGAGAGUGUGGAUGCUGCUUCAUCGCUAUCAGGCGUAAGGGAUGUAGCUUCUCGUCGUGGUAUUCAAAAAGGUUGCGAAGACGGGGUCGAGGAUGUGCUUGUAUGCGGGCGUGCAAGGCG